UGAACGAUCUAUUCUGGAAGUUAUGAUGAGCCGCGGAGGUUGGUCUAGUAGCAUCCAACGCGACAUAGCAGCAAAUCGUGCUUUGGACUCAGAAGCUCGGAUAAAUGAUGAAUGGCUAAUGAGCAAACGUAUAUCACGAGAAUGUGCUCUUGGUCCGGACUGGACCGGCAAUGGAAUUUCUGACAGCACUGAAUACCAAUCAUUGCCUUCGAAUAAAUCUGGAUUUGUCUGUACCUGCAUCGUUGAUUUCACAGAUAUACCAGUGCACAAUCCGGGAAAAAGUGCAUCGGGGACGAUCUUCACCGUCAGCACCUGUGGGAAAUUCCUAAUGGCUGCAAAUGGAUGUUUGAUAUAUAUCUACGAGAUGAAUCGAAGCCACCGCCCCAAAGAUGGUGAUCAGGUCGUUCAUCCAGGCUCUUUACGUCCUGUUACAAGCAUUAUUUGCCCUGGGAGAGUAAUAGCGUGCAGUAUGGACACCUCGUCAUACCGAUAUGCUAUUGCAAGUGGGUUGUAUAGCAUGCUUCCCCCUUUCCAAGGGAAAGUUCAUGCUAACACGAUGCCCAUUGAGAUUGGGCCCCGAUCUCUCUAUCGUAACCUCUGCUCUGAUGACGAUCCACCUCGGUCGGUAGCCAUUUGUCCACAGCGGCGCUGCGUUGCUUAUGGCUGCUCUGCUGGCAUCGAACUUCAUUGGGUUGAUGCACUCACCGGUCAGGACUUGAACAGAUGGUUUCCGCUCACGGCACCAAGCGAUUACCUAUUCUUCCUACCACCGAGAACCAGUGUAGACUCAGCAAAGAAAUUACGACUCAUUAGUAGUGCUGCAAAACCCAGCGAGAGAGCUGCGAUCAGUCAAAGAGCAUUUGGAGGAACCUCGCAAAAUAGUCCAUUUUGGGAGAGAUUCAACUAUGGCGCCCUCAUAGAGGAGAACAAUGCAGAGGCAAACAGUGAUCAAAGCCUUCUAUUGAGGUUGAGAGCCAGUACCCACAGCAGAGCCUUUGCUGGAAGGAUGGAUUGUUCCGACCAUUAUCGUGCGGUGCCACUCAGCGAUGGAUACCACGUCCUCUUCACAGAUCCUACGACAGGUCUUCUAUGUCUUGGAAGCGAUGCCCCUGUUGGUGGUCCUUUGAAACUACUGCGUAAAAUAUGGUUCCAGGGUCCGGAGGGCAAGGGAAGCCCCGUUGCUUAUGCAAGUGGUUCUGAUAUGAGCUGGGGUGUGCGGGUGAUCGCGGCAUUUGGUGCCGGCCCAGAGCAGAGCAUUUGGUUCUUCUCAGUGCCAGCAGAUGUGUUUGCUGCCAAUAAGGGCUCUCAGUCAAUUUUCGGAGGCUCAUAUGACAAGACCAGCUCCAGUGGCAAGAGCAGGAAUAUGGAUUGGGUUGACUGGUGGCCAGAUCGUGGUCUCUACGAGUGGCUGAAUAAUGCACAAGAGACUAUGCCAGGUGUUCUUCCUAGAUCUGUUUGGCCUGUGAAGAUUAGAGGUCAGGAGAUUGGUACCUGUCCAUUAUUGGUAGAUCUUGCUGUCGAUUCUGGCCCGUCCCUAACCGUUUGGGCCUUCAGCAAAGAGGGUAUAGCUAGGGUAUGGAGGAUUGAUGAUGGGAAAGAUGGGAAUGUCAGGAACAUACGAGUUGUUAGGGAUGGUACAAUCCGUGAGCGAGACGGCGAAGGCGAUCUCGAGAUGAGUGAUAGCUCGGGGUCGACACCGGAACUUCUCGAGUCGCCGUUGUCUCUGACACAGGAGUCUUUCGAUGGCGCAACUUCAUUGAACAAAGCCACAACUUUGGCAACAAGAUUUGUUAGGCGGAGUUCUAUCGAUGAAGGGAGCCAGCAAAGAGUGAACUAUGAUUCGGAAGGGGAUGUUAUAAUGGAAGAUGUGGAUAGCAGCGACUACUACCAAGCAUGGCCGCCGGAUUCCUUUGAGGCAGUGGUGUUUUUACAACAUCAGGAUGGUAAUCUAUAUCGAACGUCUCGCGGGUCAGGCGAAAGCCUUGAAAGUAUUGGGUCUGAUCUCAUUGAGGGCUUGGCUGGGGUUACGAGAAUUGAGAUUGAAAUUCGUUGAAGGCUUCAGAUUGCCAUGGUUAUGGUCUGAUUGGAGUAGAUUGGCCAAGGUCGAAGAUUGAUCCUGUUAUAAUUCUAGAGUGUUGCCAACACCAAGUAUCAAUAGAGCAGAAUUGUAUCCCUAUUUCCC